AUGUCCACAACUUCGACAUUACCUAGCGGUGCAAAGCUAUGGCUCUUGAAUCUAGGGUUCCUGGACAUAGAUGCGGCAAGUGUGCUUGCAGGUGCUAACCAGUUCCCUGCCAGCCUCCCACCACAGCAGCAUGAACGACGGGAGUUGAUCAUGAUUGCUGCACUAUUGUACCAUCCAGAUAUAGGGUUGAUGCUCUUUGACACGGGUUCUUGCGAGGACGUAAUAGAUAGCUGGGGUGCUAAAUCACUGGAGUGUUGCCCAAGAAUCUGGAGCAAGUCUCUUCAUGGUCUGCCCGAAGCGAUCAAGGCCACCGGCGCUGGAGAUAUUUCCGACAUCAAGGCCAUCGUGUUGAGUCAUUUGCAUCAGGACCAUGCGGGAGGUUUAGAGCACUUUUUCGACACUGAUGUCGAGAUCUGGUGCCACGAGGAGGAGUUGAAGAAUGCAUUUUGGACUUGCGCGACAGGGAUAGAACAAGGCACAUAUGUGCGUGACUAUCUUGUUCUUGGUCGAUUGAACUGGAAGACGUUCUCCGGGCAAUCCGUCGAGAUCUACCAAGGCAUUACUUUACAUCACUGCCCAGGCCAUACUGCUGGAUCAGUCGCGAUGGAGCUUGACCUGGAGAAUACGGGUCCCAUUGUAUUCACCGGCGAUGCGUUUCACGUGAAGGAAAAUUAUGAACAGGGUGUACACCCCGGAACACUAACAAGAGACUUCAAAGAAUGGCAUAGAAGCCGGGAUUACAUCCGACGCUUGGUGCAAAAAAGGAAGGCAAAAGUGGUGUUGGGACAUGAACCUUUAUAUUUUGAUGCCAUGAAAACCAGCCUGGAGUAUCUCGAAUAG